UCGCUGAGGAGAUAAAAAAGUUGGGCUUUUAAAUAAAAUUUUUGUAAAUAUUUUUGUGUGCAUUGUCUUAAAAUAAACUGCGCUUCCAGCUCCUUUUAUCUGAUUACUUUUCGCUUUUUGCGCAGACCACUUCAGUGCUUCCUCAGUAGGGUAAUAAACAGCGCUUUCAUCAGUAGACCAAAAGCGCUUGAAGUGAACGGCCGUAAAGACUCUAUUAUCAAAACACAAAAGACGUGUAAAUAUAGAAAACAGAAGUAAAAAAGUAACAUGAGAACUAAAUUUGUUUUGGUAUUCGCGCUCAUUGUUUGUGUACUCAACGGUUUAGGUGAAGCGCAAAGACCAGCACAUUGCUUACAACCACAUCCACAAGGAGUUGGCCGUUGUGAUAUGCUUAUCAGUGGUUUCUUCUAUAACUCGGAGCGUAAUGAGUGCGAGCAAUGGACAGAGGAGGGCUGCCGUGUGCAGGGUGGGCACACAUACGAUUUCAAAGAAGAUUGUGUAAAUGAGUGCAUUGAAAUUAAUUAAUAUUUUCUGAUUAUUAAAUAAUAAAUUAUAAA